UAAUUGUCGCCUUGUUAUGACGUAAUUGAGGUGCGUGCAUGACAUUGGUGUGGUGUGUAUGUUCUAAACAGGUCAGUAUGGCCUUGUCGCUAUCCGGGUUGAUUCUGCCCAAACUGACACAGCAAAGAGCUUUCAGUGUCUCUGCAGCUGUGGCUGCUAUUCAGAAGUUAACACGAGUGAGAGUGGUCGACAACAGCUCUCUUGGAAAUGCCCAUCACCACCGUCCACCAAAAGUUAUUCACGUUUACACCAAGAAUGGAGUGGGUAAAGUGGGAGACAGAGUCUUACUGGCAAUUAAAGGACAGAAGAAAAAAGCUCUCAUUGUGGGUCAGAAGAUGCCUGGAGCACGUAUGACACCACGGUUUGAUUCAAAUAACGUUGUUUUGAUCGAAGAUAACGGAAACCCCACUGGAACUAGAAUCAAAGCUCCCAUACCAACACAUCUGCGCAAAAUGGAGGGGGAAUAUUCCAAACUGAUAGCCAUUGCUCAACGAUUAGUGUAGAUCCUUGUUUCUGUAUGCUGGAAAAUCCCAGAUGUGCAUUUUCUAUUAUGCUUAGUUUGUCUGUAAAUAAGACUUGUACUUUGCCAUUCAAGAAGUCUGUCGUCAUGGUGGAUUCUUUGUUUAAAAUAAAAUUUGUGGAUGUAACUUA